GCGCUGUCCCCGGAAGUAGCCGCAGUCGUCAAGCGGCCUGGUGUAGUCUCUGUUGGACGUUAUGGCAGCCCGGUUUCUGCGCGCAUACGGCGCCCUCCGCGCCCUGGGCGCCCGCCACUCGCCCGCGCUCGUCCUGCGCCUUGCUGCGCCCGCCCGCACCGCCGCCGGAGGCGUCCCCACCGACGAGGAGCAGGCAACCGGGCUGGAGCGGAAGGUGCUGGAGGCUGUCAAGAAGGGAACGGACCCGUACAGCAUGUUCCCACCCAAGAGCCAGGGGGGGACCCGGGAGCACCCCACCCUGGUGCCAUCUGUCAAUGAAAAGCGGAUUGUCGGCUGCAUCUGUGAAGAGGACAACAGUGCCAUCAUCUGGUUCUGGCUGCACAAAGGUGAGCCACAGCGCUGCCCAUCCUGUGGGGCCUACUACAAGCUGGUGCCUCAUGAGGUGCCCCAUUGAGCUCCUUGCCCUGCCCUGACCUGCUCUACUCUAUUUGCCCCUAUGUUUGAUUCUGGGAGAACAAUAAAGUUGUGACUGUCUCCUA